GAAAUCGAUUUCAACGAUACAUACGUGAAUCACUUUAAAGAAUAAGGCGAGUUCGAUUGUAGAGAGACAGGAAAAUGUCGUAUUCCUACUUAUUUAAAUACAUAAUAAUAGGUGAUACAGGUGUUGGAAAAUCAUGUCUAUUGCUUCAAUUCACCGAUAAAAGAUUUCAACCUGUUCACGACCUUACCAUUGGUGUCGAAUUUGGCGCACGUAUGAUAACGAUUGACAGCAAGCAAAUUAAAUUGCAAAUUUGGGACACCGCUGGUCAAGAAUCAUUCAGGUCAAUUACGCGAUCCUAUUAUAGAGGAGCAGCCGGUGCUCUUUUGGUUUAUGACAUAACAAGACGGGAUACGUUCAAUCACUUGACUACUUGGCUAGAAGACGCCCGUCAACAUUCCAGUUCGAAUAUGGUUAUCAUGUUGAUAGGUAAUAAGAGUGAUUUAGAGUCCCGAAGAGAUGUCAAAAGAGAAGAAGGAGAGGCUUUUGCUAGGGAACACGGCUUAAUCUUUAUGGAGACAUCAGCGAAAACAGCAGCUAAUAGCGAGACGUCCGCUGAAUCAAGGAUGUCGAGCGGUUUCGAAGAUGAACUCGGCGACCCGUUCAGCAAUAGCUUCUUGCAAGAACUUGGUAUUGAUACGUGGAACGAAUCAGAACAAAAUACAAAUUCUUCCACUCAACAACCAGUUGCCGAUACACCGGCACAGCCUCAAAAUAAUUUUGCAGUGAAUACGCCGCACUGCGUAAGGCAAUCGCCUCCGCAGCAACCGUCCGCUCCGGCUCCCCAACCACAUCCUCCCCAUCCACAAGCCUCUCAUCCACAAGCCUCUCAUCCACAACCUCCUCAUCCACAAACUCCGCAAUAUAAUUUCCCUUAUAACCAUGGACCUAACUACAACGUUCAGACACCAACGCCCCCUCAAUCUUAUCAGUACCGAUAUGGAUCAAAUCCUGGUUCACAAAACUGGUCUAACAAUGGUAGUUCAGCACGUCUGAUGCAUAUGGCUAAUAUUGCCUCCACUCCUUGGCCCCAUUCUGAACAGUCAUACAGAUUUCACUCUGCGUCUGCUUCUCAGUUGUUGUCACAUAUGGGCCAUAGAAGCUCUCAAAGAAUGCCCCAGCAAAUGAAUUAUGGCUAUCCCCCGCAACAGCAUAUGCGAAUGUCGUAUCAGCAACAUCAACAUCAGCUUCAACAAACACAUCAGCAGCAACAGCUUCAGCAGCAGCAGCAACAACAACAACAACAGCAGCAGCAUCAGCAACAACAUCAGCAACAACAUCAGCAACAACAUCAGCAACAACAUCAGCAACAACAACAUCAGCAUCAGCAACAACAACAUCAGCAACAACAGCAAACACCACAAUCACAGGACGACGAUGGCUGUCACUCUCUUCCCUCAGAUUCUGAGGCUCAGCAGCUACAAUCCCAGAUUUCUCAUCUUCUUCGUGGCAUACAGACGGAAGAAACUCAGCAACAAUUGCUUGAUUUACAAGAGAGAUUACGAACAGUUCGCGCUAGGCAACAACAAGUACUAUUACAGCAACAACAACGAUCCGCACCCUUGCCAGCUAGCACUCAGCAGUAUCACGCUAGUCAAAUGUCGCAUACUUUGCAUUACACUCCACCGCAACAGGUGGGGGGCACUGUAAGUUCAUCUACUUGCCAACCAAAUUCACCCAAACCUACAUUGUCGCCUAACAAAGCACCAAGUGUUACUACCGUUUCUCAAACUGAUACAAGAAACGACGCGGAUGAAAAUAACGCUCAGGAGAGUUAUCCCGCUCUCUCUUCUUGUGUAAUUAGCACAGCUGUCUCAGAAGCUGUUUUCUCGCAAACUAAUCAGACAACCACUUGUGCGUGGAAUGGUCAUAAUAGUAACUUGGCAAUGUCAUCGCAAAUACGACCUCUGCAACGAAACGGUUUUAUAAAUGAAGCACCUCCUCAUGCACCAGCCCCGCCCCGAUAUAGUAACUCUCAACAAUAUCAAGAACAAAUGAUGAGACAUUAUUCUUCACCUCAACCUCCAAAUCGUGCUUACCCAUCUCCAAAUAUGUACGAGGCUACUAAUGGAGUAAAACCGCCAGAAAUGAAUGGAAAUGGGGUAGUCGACCAUCCUACAAUGGGACCUAGAAACAUACCCCCUGCUUAUAUGCGACCUCGUUAUCCCAACGUGCCUACAAACACGCUUCAAGGACCAAACGGCAAUAUGCCACCCCCUCAAGUGCCUCCAAGAAUGCCUCAUCAAAUUCCUCAACAUUCUCCUCAUUUAAUUCCCGCUUAUCAUCAAAAUAUACCUCCACAGAUGCAUUCUCGUCAACCAAUGUAUCACAAACCUCCAAUGGAUCAGUAUAACAUGCCAGCUCAAUAUCCCCCAGGUCAGCAAAGCCAAUUUCCUCCGGUGAGAACAGGCCCUAUAUCAAACUCAAAUAGUAUGGAACAGCAGACUGCGACUGAACAGAAUUCUCUUCAAGAAUUAACUCCGUUAAAAAGACACUCUGGUGAUGAUCAGAAUAUUGUAGAUAGAUCGGAAAAAGAGUCACAAGUCAUUCAUCCUGCUAAUUCAUACCAAUCUCCCGUACCAAGUCUUUCCCCUUCGUCUUCUUUAAAGAGAUCACCAAGUCCUUCAUAUUACUCACCUGCAAAAAAGUUUAAAAAAGUUGUAAAGAAAAAAAAGAAUUAUAUAGAAGAUGAUGAACAGGAGAUAUCGUACGAAGAUCCUCGUGUACGUUUUAAGGCAGUUAAGAAUAAAAAAAGCAAGCAGCAAAUCAGUGCAACGAAAGCCAAGAAAAGGAAGAGAAAGGGAAGCGAUUCUGAAGAGGAAAUGGAUGAAGUGAAUGACCUUCCAUCAACGUAUGAUGAAGCUCAUGUUGAGAAAAGACGAUCGGGUAGAACCAAAAGACAAAAAUAUGUCGAAGAACCUCAAUUAGAUCUCUCUGAUACGGAAAUGUAUCUCAACAACAAUGAUACAGGUGCUGAACAAGCCAAUUUUGUGGAAGCACAUACAGAGGAAGAUACCUUGACCAUAGAUAAAAUCUUAGGAAUUAGAACAACAAAAAGGAAAAUUGAAAAAGAUCAAGGAGCAACUUGUAAAGAAGUCCAAGAGGAAAAAUCCCCGAUCCAAGAGGAGGAAUUAAAAACAGAAGAAGAUUCAGAGGACAAUGGUCACUCUAAAGUUAAAAAUGAUAUUAAAAAGGAAUCUGAAAUUAAAGUCGAGCCUGAAAAUAAAGUUGAAGUCGAAGAGUUUGAAGUUGAAGAAAUCUUUGUGAAAUAUAAAAACUUUUCAUAUUUGCAUUGUGAGUGGAGAACAGUUGAAGAAUUAGAACCAUUCGACAAACGCAUCUCUCAGAAAGUUCGUCGUUUUAAAUUAAAACGAAAUCAAGAAACUGCGUUCCUACAAUUAGAUGAAGAUGAUCUAUUUAAUCCUGAUUAUGUGGAGGUCGAAAAAGUUUUAGAUGAAUCUGAAGGAAAGGAUGGUGAAGAAACUGUUUUACAAUAUUUGGUUAAGUGGAGGGGUUUAGGCUAUGAUGAAGCUACAUGGGAAGCAGCAGCUGAUGUUGAUCCAAAUAAGAUAGAACAAUAUAAAAAGCUUAAUCAAGUACCUCCUUUGAAACGAUUAAUGCCUAUAGAGAGACCUACUGCUGCUGAGUGGAGACAAUUAAAAACAUCACCUUUGUAUAAAGACGGGAACACUUUGAGAGAAUAUCAGGUUGAAGGUGUAAGCUGGUUAUUAUUUAAUUACUAUAAUCAACAGAAUUGCAUUCUUGCUGAUGAAAUGGGAUUAGGGAAAACAGUGCAAAGUGUAGCUUUUCUCCAAGAAAUUUCGAAAUAUGGUAUUAGGGGACCGUUUCUAGUUAUAGUACCUUUAUCUACUUUAGGAAACUGGGCGAGAGAAUUUGAAGCUUGGACCGAUUUAAAUGCUAUUGUAUACCAUGGAACCCAAAUAAGUCGAAAUAUGAUUCAGGAAUAUGAAUUAUAUUUCAGAGAUAGCCAAACAAGUAAGAGAAUUCAAGAAGGUUAUAAAUUUCAAGCCCUAAUUACUACUUACGAAGUCAUAUUGCAAGAGAUAGAAUUACUAUCUCAAUUUGACUGGCGAGCUUGCAUCAUUGACGAAGCUCAUAGGCUAAAAAACAAAAAUUGUAAACUAUCUGAGGGAUUAAAGUAUUUAGAUUUGGAGCACAAAGUCCUUCUUACUGGUACACCGCUUCAGAAUAAUGUGGAAGAACUUUUUUCAUUAUUAAAUUUUUUGGAACCUCAACGUUUUAACAAUGUAAGCGCAUUUUUAAAUGACUUUGGGGAUUUGAAGACAGAGAGCCAAGUGAAUAAAUUGAAGACUCUUCUAAAGCCGAUGAUGCUUCGUCGGUUGAAAGAGGAUGUUGAAAAAUCACUAGCAGCGAAGGAAGAAACAGUAAUUGAAGUCGAGCUGACUAAUAUUCAAAAGAAAUAUUACAGAGCCAUAUUAGAAAGGAAUUUUACUUUUUUAUCAAAAGGAACUUCAUCUUCUGCUAAUGUACCCAACCUCAUGAACACCAUGAUGGAAUUAAGAAAGUGCUGUAAUCAUCCCUAUUUGAUAACUGGUGCCGAGGAUCAAAUAUUAAAUGAAAUUAAGAACGGCCAACUGGAACCUUCAACAGAAGAGAUUCAUCAUGCUAUGAUUCAAGCAUCAGGAAAACUGGUUCUGAUAGAUAAAUUACUUCCUAAACUGAAAGCUGGAGAUCAUAAAGUUCUUGUAUUUUCACAAAUGAUUCGGGUAUUAGACAUUCUUGAAGAUUAUCUUAUUCAGAAAAAGUAUCUUUAUGAACGCUUAGAUGGACGGAUUAGAGGAAAUUUAAGACAAGAAGCUAUUGAUAGAUUCAGUAAACCAGAUUCAGAUCGCUUCAUUUUUUUACUCUGUACAAGAGCAGGAGGUUUAGGUAUUAAUCUAACUGCUGCGGAUACAGUAAUAAUUUUUGAUUCUGACUGGAAUCCACAAAAUGACCUACAAGCGCAGGCUCGUUGUCAUCGAAUUGGACAAGUUAAAAUGGUUAAAGUAUACCGUCUGAUAACAAGAAAUUCUUAUGAAAGAGAAAUGUUUGACAGAGCGUCACUAAAAUUAGGUUUAGAUAAAGCUGUGCUCCAAUCUAUGAAAGAAGGUGUAAAAGAACAGAACAGUUUGUCAAAGAAAGAAAUAGAGGACUUGCUGAAAAAAGGUGCCUAUGGGGCCAUUAUGGAUGAUGACUCCGCAGCUGAUCAGUUUUGUGAAGAAGAUAUUGAUCAAAUUUUGCAAAGGCGAACUCAGGUUAUUCAAUUAGAGAGUGGAGAAAAAAAUUCAACUUUUGCCAAAGCGUCAUUCAGUGCUUCUGGGAAUCGUAAUGAUAUUGAUAUUGACGAUCCUAACUUUUGGCAGAAAUGGGCUAAAAAAGCAGAAGUUGAACUUGGUAGUAAUAGCGAUAAGAACGACCUGAUUAUUCUUCAACCUCGACAUCGAAAAAAAAUUACUCGAUUUGGUAAUCAGGACCUAUUAGACGAAAUUUCUGAUCUAGAUUCUACUGAAGAAUCUGAUCCUGAUUUGGCAGCUUCAAUUGAACAGGUAGGCAAGAAACGAGGGAGAAAAUGCGUAAAACCAAUACGUAGAAUGCCGAAGAAAGAUGACGACGAAGAUUUUGUUAUUGACGAAUAUGGUGAUGGAUAUUCAAGAACUGAAUGUUUUAAAGUUGAAAAAUAUCUAAUGACUUAUGGUUGGAGCCGAUGGAAAGAGAUUUGCGAACGAUGUCGUUUCAAACGUGAUUUAAGCAGCACUGACUGCGAAAAGUUGAGCACAGCAAUUCUUACAUAUUGCAUAUCGCAAUACAACGGCGACGAAAAAAUCAAAUCCUUCAUUGUGGAUCUCAUUCAAGGUAAAGCUGGACAGAAAGGUCAUAGUGGUUUAUCUGAUCCAGUUCCACGGGGUAGAAAAAAUAAGAAAAAAACCGAGAAUAAAGAUAUUGAUUUAUCAUCUCUAGAAGAUCCUCUUAAAUUACUUAUAGAUGAAGGUUAUCGGAAGCACUUGGACAAGCAUUCAAAUAAAAUUUUAUUAAGGAUUCGUUUAUUGUUUUAUGUAAAACAAGAAGUAAUCGGAAACGAAGCAGAAAAAAUUCUUAGUAAUGAAAAUUUUAGUGAGAUCAAUGUACCGGUUGUUUCUUGUUCCGAUGUUGAAAAGCCUUCUGAGUGGUGGGAUGAGGAGGCAGAUAAGUCAUUAGUUAUUGGAAUUUUCAAACAUGGCUUCGGUCGUUACAAUUCAAUGCGUCAGGAUUCUUGUCUAUGUUUUCUGAAGAGAUGUGGACCACCUGAUGACAAAGCUCUUGCUGCUGAAUUGAAAGAUGAUGAAGAAGAAGACGAUGAAGAUAAAGAGGAUAGUGAAGCGGAGGGGGCAUCUGUUACGACCAAUGGACCUGGAGAUAGCGAAGAUUAUGUCGCUUUACCGUCGGUAAAUGAUUUGAAUGCACGUGUCAGAAAAUUAGUUUCCGCUUAUCAGAAAGAUUUUAAGCGAGUUCAGCAAAAAUUACAAAAGUCUGCUCGUAGAAUAGAGAAACGCGAACGAGCAGAAGCGGAGAGCAAAGAACGUGAAAAGUUACGAUUAGAUGCAAAACAGAAAUGGUCAAAGCGAGAAGAAAAUGAUUUUUACAGAGUUGUAUCUAAUUAUGGCUUAGAAAAGACAAAUGAUGGACAAUUUGUUUGGGACACAUUCAAGUCUAUGUCCCGUUUAGAUAAAAAAUAUGAUGAAACUUUAACUGAAUAUGCCAAUGCGUUUCUAGCAAUGUGUAAACGAGUAACCAGCAAAGAUGGUGAUGAAGAAUCAACAAUUGAACCGAUAAGCGAGGAAAAAGCUACGAAAGUACUUUUUCGAGUGUCUCUUUUAAACAAAAUCCGGGAAGAAGUUUUGAAUCAUAGUCUGCUUGAGGAAAGAUUAAAAUUGUGUUCUCCAAGUAAUGAGCUACCUUCUUGGUAUGAAUCAGGACUUCACGACAAAUACUUACUCUCUGCAGCAGCUAAGCAUGGGUUAUCUAAAAGUGCAUAUUAUUGUAUGAGGGACGAUGAAGCUAGUUUCAAAAGAUUAACUAAUUUGUCUAACGAAACCGAUUCAGAGGAUGUAGAAAAUGCCUCUUGGCAUAACAUAAAUGACGUUUGGCCAAAAUAUAAAAUUGUUUUAAAUCGUCUUAGCGAUGUUUGUGAAACCGUUCUAACAGGAGAAUGGCCAAAAAGAGCGCCAGCUCAAUCAUCUUCCAGAAGUAGCACACCAGCUUCAUCUCAGGUGGAAGAUCAGAAGGAUGAAAACUUAAGGGUAGCAAUACAUAAAAGGCAUAAUCGUGAGAGUUCAGCUCAAGAUGACGCAUCUAAACAGUUACAAAACUGGUUAUUACAAUCGCAAUUGAAUUCAUUUCCAGGAUUAGCGGGUUUCGAUAUUAAGAAUUCCAAUUAUAAAACAGAUUUUGAAUCGCUCACUGGAUCUGAAAGUGUAUCUGUAAUAAACAGAAGAAGUGGCAAAAAGUUAACCUCCUCAAAGGCCCCGCUAUUGAAGAAUUUAUCUCAAUGGCUUCGAGAUCAUCCGUCUUACGACGUUGAUCCUGCGUGGUAUUUUGUUCUAUCAUUACCCGAGUGGCGUUUACCUGCUGAUUUGGAAAAAAGGAGGUUACCAGCAGCUGAUGAUGUAUCGGCUGCAGCAGUUAGUGGUGCUGGCAAUGUUCUGAAUCCAGCAAAUGAUUUAUAUGGUCUGGCUCACUUGCAUUUGUUAGCACAACAACAAGCUCUUGCUUACAAUCCUCUAUUCUUUAACCCGUUACUUGCAGCUAGCAGUGUAAUGAACUAUGCUAGCUUAAUGCAGCAACCAGAAGCGGUGGCAUCAACAGCUUCACCUUCGCCUCCUCAAGAUUUGUCAGUGAAGAAGGAUGAUCUGCCUGAAGACUUAUCCGUAAAGAAAAAAUCGGCAAGCAAAGGCAAAUCUUAGCAUCGACUGUGAUACACAAACGUCCAUAUCGAGUUUUAGCGACACAACACGUGUUGUUAGAUGUUUUUCCUGUAUAAAUAUUGUUAUGCUCCUACUACUAUUAUUAUUGUAUACGUAACACGCUUUAAACUGUCACACGUAUUUAUUGUUCAUAUUCAUUGAUCAAAAUAUACCUAUCAAUAAUAGAAUUACCCUAAAGUAUUUGAACUUAUGACAAGCGUUCAGUGGUUU